AUGUGCAUCCAUCUCGUCAACCCUGUCCCUCGCUACCAAGUCUGUCUGCAGCCUCUCUCGUGCCCUUCAAGUCAGUCGCGAUGCCGCCUUUUGCUGUCAGCUCCCAUUCCAACGCCUCCGCCCUAUCUUUUACUUCGCAAUGCCAUCAUCAGACGCGCGCAGCAACACUUAUUCCUGUGGUUUGUUGCGCCAGCAGCAGCCCCCACACAGGCGAGCCGAGAGCGAAAGAGAGCGUCAGUGGCAGAGGCUCAUUGCCCAUUCGUUUUCUUUCUGUCGCAGCAGACACUGCCACCACCCGCUGCCCCCCUUACACCAACGGCCACAGGCACCAUCUGUGUGCUGAACCCUCGCACGCUUUGGUUGAUACUCAAUCACUCUCAUCUGUCAACCAAGCACAUCCACACAAUGCGGCAGCUAAAGCGCCUGGACGUUUUCCCAAAGUUUGACCGCAAGUUCGAGCAGGAUGCGCGGCACCGCACCGUGUCGGGCGGCAUUUUCUCUGUUGUCGCCAUUGUCGUCAUUUUGUGGCUCCUUGUUGGCGAAGUCCGCUACUUCCUCUCCAUCGAGGAGCACCACGAGAUGUUUGUCGACACCGAGGUUGGGGGUGACAUGCGGGUCACGGUCAACGUCACUUUCAACCACGUGCCGUGCGACCUCAUCACUCUGGACGCCGUGGAUGUCUUUGGCGUCUUUGCAAACGAUGUCGAGGACAACACGGUGAAGCAGCGCAUUGAUGCGGCAACGGGGCAGGUGAUCAGUGCUGCACGCGCCGUGGUGGAUGAGAAAAAGGUGAUAACCAAGGCAAUCGAUGCGGACGGGGUGGAGAAGGAGAACUGCCCCAGCUGCUACGGCGCCGAGCGCAGCCCGGGAGACUGCUGUCACACCUGCGAGGAUGUCCGGCAGGCGUACGCACAGAAAGGGUGGAGACUGAACGUAGACGACAUUAGUGUCGAGCAGUGCGCCGAGGAUCGCAUCAAAAUGGCCACUGCCGCUUUUGGAAAGGAGGGCUGCAACUUGUACGCGACUUUCGCAGCCUCGCGCGCCACUGGAAGCCUGCAGUUCAUUCCAGGUCGCAUGUACCAGAUGCUUGGUCGGCGGAUGCACGAUCUCAUGGGGAGCGCCGCUCGCAAGCUGGACCUCAGCCACACCGUGCACACCCUCGAGUUUGGCGAACGCUUCCCAGGUCAGCAGAAUCCGCUGGACGGCACCGCGCAAGGGUCCGCCCUCAGCGGGGACGCGAAGGAUGCGAUGAACGGCCGCUUUAGCUACUUUGUGAAGGUCAUCCCGACGACGUACCAGCGUUAUUCUCUCAUCACGGGCCUGCAGGACACGGUGGAGUCGAAUCAGUACACGGCCACGCAUCAUUUCACCCCGAGUGCGGCAACGAAGGCGGCAUCACAGACGCCGACGAUGCAGGAGAUCGUUCCAGGUGUGUUCAUGACGUAUGACCUCUCCCCUGUGCGCAUUCUGGCUCAAGAGAGGCAUCCGUACCCCUCCGUGAUACACUUUGUGCUGCAGCUGUGCGCAGUGUGUGGUGGAGUGCUGACUGUGGUGGGCCUGGUGGACUCGAUGUGCUUCCAUAGUGUCCGCAAGGUCCGCAAGAUGUGUACGGGGAAGCAGCUGUAG